UUACACCAGCUAAGAUGAUAUUCUUUGCUACUUCUGCUCCAAAACCAUUUAGGCCUAUUAAUAAAACUUUAGCUUCGCGUAAGCUGAAAUUAUUCGACAUUAUACCAUAACAUUAAAAUUUGUAUGUAAAUUUAAGUGAAUAAUGAAGAACUAAACGUUUUAUUUAAAUUACUUGUUUGAUAGGUUAGGUUCUAAUAUAUUUACCGCUUUUGUGAUUCUAAACCCCAGAGGCGAAUUUGUCUAUCAUAUAACUCAGCUUCGUGAUCAGUCAAUUCGACGUUUUGAUUUUUAUUUUCAACCAUUUUACUAAUACUAAUUUUAUCCUUAAAAAUUUACAACCGCCAAAAAGCGUAUCUCAAAUUGUACCGACACUUUGCAACGCUUAUAGUGUAGGCAACAUAACAGACUAUUAUUUUAAAUAUAAGAAACAGAAUGCAGGUUAUCCACUAAGAAAUAGACAUAUGAAUUAUUAAAUAUAAUGAAAAACUGUUGCAAGAGAAAUGAAUAUGUCAGAGGAAGAAUAUGUGGAGAAAACCUUUGUGUAUAAGUUCCCAACAUGCACAACAAAUCAAGAAUACGUAUUGGAAAUACCAUUAAAAAUACCAUACCAUGGUUCAGUUAAAGAACUCAUGCAUCGCAUUAUUUCAUCGUUUAAAUUGCCAUGUUAUGUAGAAUCAGAUUUAUUACAAUCUUUGGAACAUGCUAUUAAAGAAUUAACGUUACAGUUUUAUGAUGAAAAAGCUGAGAAAGCACUUGAAAAUGCAAUAUCAGGAAGCAUAGAUAUUGAAGAGAUUAUAAAAAACUGGGAAAAAAUUUAUAAACAGAAAACAGCAGAAUAUGCAGAUCCAAUUGGAACAACUGAUGAAGAGUUAUUUGCAGCUGCAUAUCAUAGAUUAGUACACUCCCCAUCAUUGGAACCCAUUUUACAAGCAGAACAUAAAUUUGGAAGAGAUGUAACAGAAGUCAUUCAAAUGAGGGAUACACAUUACGAGCAACUCACUCAAAAGCAAACUGAAGAAAUGCGUAAGGCUGUGGAAGCUCUGGAGGCUGGUUCCACUGAAAAAUCCAUAAAUGAGAUGGCUGGUAGACAUUUUGAAGAACAAAGUUUACUGCAGGGGCACUGGGGAUCAAGGGUAGAUGCUUUGAAAUUAGAACAAAAACGACAAUAUCGAAAUUGGAUCAUGAGACUAUUGGAAGAGCAGCAGACAAAUAUGUUACCGACUCCAGUAGGUUCUCCAAUGGUGUCAACACCACCGAUUCGACCUGCUUUAGACAAUUUUGUUCAUAGUGAAGAUAAAACAACUGCAGAUUAUCCCAUUUUGGAGGAAAGUUUCACUAUACAUUUGGGUUCCCAAAUGAAACAAAUGCAUAACAUACGUAUAUUAACAGGGGAUGUGCUAGAUUUUUGUAGAACAAAAAAGAGUGAAUCUGGAAUGGAUCCAACCCCACAGAGACUGCAGACAGCUUUAGGAUUGUAUUCUAAUGAUUUGUGUGGGCUAGUAUUAUUGAGCGACAAUCACUUAGGAACUUAUUCUGGAAUUACAAAGGAAUUAUGCUCUAUAUGUCAAUUGACAACGGAGUUUCAUUUCCCACCAAUUGAUGAACAACUAGAAAAAAUAAGAGACGAUGUCAAGGACGCUAUCGCGUGGAGGCAAACGCAUCAUAAAGAAGCAAACGACUCACAGACGAAAAAAUCCACAACAAGCAAGAGCUUACAGACAGGAGACGUUUACAUUACAAGGCAUUCGAAUUUAGCACAAGUUCAUGUAAUUUUCCAUAUGGUCGUGAAUGAUUCUUUGAGAUCCGGCGAUAUCAAUUCAAGGCAUCCAGCGAUUCUAGGAUUGCGAAAUAUUCUAAAAACUGCUUGCUGCAACGACGUGACUACGCUAACCAUUCCUGUACUUCUCGUACAUGAAAUGACAGAAGAUAUGACCGUAGCAUGGUGCACGAAGCGGGCAGAACUGGUUUUUAAGUGUGUGAAAGGGUUCAUGAUAGAAAUGGCAUCAUGGGGUGGUGCCGAAUUAAAAAAUCUACAAUUCCUAGUCCCAAAGGGAAUGUCGGAAGAAGUGUUUGGUACUCUAGCGACAAUGUUACCGAGCAUAUUUCGUGUCUCAAAUCCGCUGGUGUUCAAAGCGACCAGUACACCGCAAACACCGAAAAAGUGAACGACCGUCUUGCCACCGUUAUCGUGCACGCGAUAAAAAUAUUAAAAUAUUUGUUACUGUAUAUGAGGCAUUGGCGGCAGUCAUUCACCACAACUGGGAAUAAGAUAUGAUUCCGUGAAUAAACGUCCGAUGCUUUUUAAUGAGUUUCUUGUUUAUACUACUUUCACACGGGCAUCAUACCUCGAAUGAUAGCUGCGCAAUUCGCGAUUGUGCACGAUACUCGUGACCAUAUCAAAAUGUAUACACCCGCCGCUUCGAAUGAAACUAAUUGAACAACAGUAACCGAAUAAGCCAUUGUCUUUAUCUCUUUUCCAAUAAACUAUACACAAAAUGAACACACAA